UAGGGUGACCACAGACACUCACAGUAUGCCUCAAAUGACCGUGACAAGGCUCUAAAUAGGUGACACAUAUAAGCGACUGAUCAGUAUGAAUUGGAUCUACGUGGUCGUGAGGAGCAAGAUCAUUUCAAUUUUGAGAUCGACUACACUUUGAGAAAGUUUCGUGACAAGAUGAAGGAGCGAAAAAAAAUUGCAUUCAUCCACCUCGACCUUGGCAUUGGGGGAGCAGAGCAGCUGAUUGUGCAUGCUGCGCGGGGUCUAAAGCGCGCGGGACACGACGUGGUGAUCUACACGUCGUUCUUUGAUCCAGGACGAUGCUUCCCGGGACUAGAGCUUUACAACGGCAGCCUUGAUGGUCUAGCAUCAGAGGACAAUCGAAGGAGCGUGGCUGCACAAGAUGACAACGUGAUAGUCCCAGUGGUUUUACGUGGCACUUGGAUACCUCGGACGCUAUUUGGCGCGUGCACCAUUCUUUGCAGUGUGCUGCGCAUGUUGUGGCUCUCAUUCUGUCUGCCACGUGGCGAGUUCGACGUGAUAGUAAACGAUCAAGUGAGCAACAUCAACCCCUGGCUGCGACCAAAAGCAAGGGAAAAGUUACUAUUUUUUAUGGCGAUCAAAAACACUGCAACAUUUUAUUCAUAGUAGGGAAGAGAUCUUGGAGAAAUGUAACUAAACUUGGCUAAUUCUGAUUCUCAGUGUCUAAUUUUGUAGUUUGUUACUUUCUAAUUCUGAUUGCCACUUUCCGGAUCUAUUGCUGUGCGUCGCGCGGGGAUCGCGGCUGAAAAGACUCUAUCGAGCUAUGUUUGAUGCGUGGGAGCGACGCACGAUGGCUCAGUGUGACGUAUUGUGCGUGAAUUCAGUUUUCACACGAGAUGUAUUUGCGCAGACUUUUCCAGAGGAGUUCGCAAAAACAAGCAAUGACAUCGUCGACAAAAGUAUUGAUGAGCCCGAACAGCCGCUACAGCUCCAUGUUCUGUAUCCACCCGUAGAUCUCGCGGAAGUAGCUCAGCAUCGACCUUCACCAGGGAGUACAUUAAGGCAUUGCCAGCGAUAGUCCAUCUCCGUGUUGUCGUUUCCCCGUUGAAGCAGUUCAAUGCGACGGGAAAGCUUCUUUGACAAUGGACUAGAAGAGGUAGCUACAAGCACAGCAGACGCGCAAGCACGACCGGGUAAAAUUUCGCUCGACCUGCAGCCUGGACGCUUUCUGGUUUCCUUGAACCGUUUCGAGCGAAAAAAACAGGUCGAGCUUGCUCUUGACGCGUUUUCAAUUCUCGUGAAAAAGAAUCAGAAUGAAACUUCUGCUGGCGCCGUGCGCCUUGUGAUUGCUGGAGGCUACGACGUGCGGGUGCAGGAAAACGUGGACUACUUCCGUGAGCUCCAGGACCGUGCAGUAAAGCUUGGGAUCCACAAAAAGGUGCUUUUUAUGCGCAGUGUGUCGGCGGCUGUGCGAUGGUGGCUUCUCGGGAACGCAUCGGCCCUAGUCUACACACCGUUUAAUGAACAUUUUGGAAUUGUGCCAGUAGAGGCGAUGGCCCUGGGCACGUGCGUCGUGGCGAGUAUGCAGCAUUCUUAUUUCUUCGAUUAAUGAUUCUGAACAAGAUAAAAGGUGACGAAGAUAGAAACAAAAAUACUUAGAAGUUGGGAUGAUUGAGACCACCCUCUUUUUCAGUUGCAACAAGUGUGAUUCUAGUACUCCUUCUUGUUGCGUUGGUAGUGAUCAGAAUUUUCUGUGGACACAGGUGACUCGGGUGGUCCACGUGAAAGUGUUGCAGACGUAGGAGGAUUUUUAGUUGACCACCAUGCGGCAGGCUUUUAUGAAGGCAUGGAGCGUGCACUUUUUAUGUCGGCUCCGGAACGCGAAGCUCUGGGUAAGCGUGCUAUUCAGAGGGUGGAACAAAAAUUUUCUCUAGAAGCUUUUGCGACUAAUUUGGAACGCCUCGUGACAGAAAAAGUAGAGAACAAGCGGUGUACCCGGACAGUUGGUGCAUCACAUCAAAUUUCUAAACAGACAGACAAAAAGCGAGAUUGAGUUAAUCAGACUUCUGCACUAGAAGUUUACCUUUUCCGCGCAACGUGGACUAGUCAGUGUGAAUCACGCUCUUCACCAUCAACGCAAACGCUUCUGCAUGUUUUCUUCCUGGACGGAAUCCUUUAUUCGGAUUUCGGAUUCC